UUAAAAUGGGUUGAUUUGUUCAACCCGAACCCGACCCAUUUCGGGUUCGGUUUGACCCGAACCCAGAUUUUUCUGGGUCGGGUUCGGGUCGUGUUUCAGGUCGUGUCAAGAAUUGACACCCCUAGCCGCUUGCGUGCGUGCGUGUGUCUCCCACAUUCGGCCAAACGUAGGGCAAGAGGCGGUGGCGUGCGUGCGUGUCCUCUUAUUCGACCAAACCUAGGGCAAGAGGAGGUGGCGUGCAGCCGAGCAUGAGAGGGCAAAGGGGCGGCCGGUUAUUGCAUGUUCUCCUGGUCGCAUGUAAGAGGUCAUUAUAUGGUUGAUUUUUUCAGGUCUGGAUUUGAAAGAUGGAAGUGACCUUAACGGAUGAUUAUAGCUUGUUAAGGGAUAGUGCCAUGGAUCUUAAUGAUAACUCGACAGAUCCUCCAAUGGUUUUGGCUCUUGAUGCUUUAGGCGACGAAUUAAAUGGCUCAAUCCCAGCGCCGCUGAUUCUCGUUGACAGUAAUGGUAUUGUUGAGCCAGCCAUAGGAAUGGAGUUUGAUAGCGAUGAGGCAGCUAAGGAGUACUACAUAGCCUAUGCAAAUCAUGUAGGAUUUGGUGUUCGAAUGAAUAAGUCACGACGUUCAAGAAAAGAUGAUACAGUAAUCAUGCGGCGGUUUGUGUGUACUCGAGAAGGAUUCCAUUCCAAGAGGGUAAUAUAUGAUGAUGGAAAGAAGAAGAGGAAGCGGGGAACUACAAGGGAAGGAUGCAUGGCCAUGAUUGAGGUCAUCAGAAAGGAUCAUGGUAAAUGGUUGGUUACUAAGCUUGAGACUGAGCAUACUCAUAUGGUUGCUUUACCUGAUAAAGUGCGACCGUGUGCUGAUAGGUCUAUGAUCUCACCAAAAUCAGCUCUAAUUCCUAGUGAGCCAAACGGUUUCAAUAAUUUGAAGAACUUCAACAGGGGGAUCAGGGUCAAUCCAUUCGGGGAAGGAGGGGAGGCUCAGUGUCUUCUGGAGUAUUUGAAGAGGAUGCAAGCUGAUAAUCCUGCAUUUUUCUAUGCAAUCCAAGUCGAUAACAACAAUUGCUUGACCAAUGUUUUCUGGGCUGAUUCCAAAUCUAGGAUGGCUUAUCAAUGCUUCGGCGAUGCGGUGACAUUCGAUACUACUUACAAAAAAACAAAAUACAUGAUGCCCUUUGCUACCUUUAGAGGCAUAAACCAUCAUUUGCAGUCUGUUACAUUUGGCUGUGCCUUGCUAAUGGAUGAAACUAAGGGUUCCUAUGUUUGGCUUUUUGAAACUUGGCUUGCUGCCAUGGGUGGUCAUCAUCCUCUUUCAUUAUUUACCGAUAGGGAUAAGGCCAUGGAAGGAGCUAUCUCAAGGGUAUUUCCAAGAACUCGUCAUUGCUUCUGUAAGUGGCACAUAUUAAGCAGAUGCAAGCAAAAGUUAUGUGAUGUCUAUAUGAAAUACCCUGCAUUAAGAAGGGAGUUAAAAGAUUGCAUUAAUGACUCUGAGACAAUGGAGGAGUUUGAGACUCGUUGGGAAUACAUCCUUGAUAAAUACAACCUGUGGGAUAAUGCAUGGCUGCAAUCACUCUAUGAAAUUCGCCCUCUCUGGGCUUCAAUUUACCAGACAGACUUAUUCUUUCCUGAGCUGUCUCCAUCUCAAAGACCAGAAAGCUUAAAUAAAUUCUUCAAGAGGAACUUCAAUACUAAAACUUCUUUACUAUUGUUUAUUUCAAAAUUUGAUCAAGCUAUGUCAUCUCAGUACGAGAGGGAAGCCCAAGAAGACCUUGCUACAGUAUACUCUAAGCCCCUUUUGAAGACACCAUCACCUAUUGAAAGACAAGCUGUGGAUAUUUACACAAAUGCAGUAUUUGAGAAAUUUCAGGAGGAGUUUGUUGAAUCAUUAGGAUAUCAUGUUGACAAAAGGGAGCAUGGGCCUAUAAGCAAGUAUAAUGUGAUGAAGGAAGAUGAUAAUCAUAAGGGCUACAUUGUUAGUUUCAAUGAUUCUGAUCAAAAGGCAAGCUGUAGUUGUUGCAAAUUUGAGCGUUGUGGCAUUUUAUGUAGGCAUGUCUUGAGAGUCUUUUUUGUUGUUGGAGUUCGUGUUCUCCCCGAGGCCUAUGUUCUGAAGAGAUGGACAAGAAAUGUCCUGAGCAAUGUAGUUCUUGAAGAAAGAGUUACAGAAGUUGGGCUAAGUUUCCAAGAGUAUUUAGUUGCUUGGUACAAUGAUCUUUGCCUUGACGCUGUUAAAUUUGGUAUGGAAGGGGCUUUAUCCUCAGAGACAUAUAAGGUUGCUAAACUAGCACUGCAGAAGUCUUUUGCCGAAGUUAUUGCUGCUAAAAACAAUCAGAAGAAAGGCCAACAGAAUCUCCAAAGAUUUGCAAGGUUACAGAAGAUGCAAUAUAAGGUUCCUCUGCCAAAAUUGCAGCCUAAGAAGGCCCUCCUACCCAGGUUAACUCAACAAGAUGAAGAUGGUAGAAGCAAAAGAAAUGCAGAAGAUGAUGUACUGUAAGAAUCAUUUUUUAUUAAUAUUAAACAACUUGUUUGUUAUCAUGAGAGCAGCAGCUCUGUUCCAAAUAUAAGUACUUUUUUCAGAAAUUGUUAAAUUUCCAUGAUGUAUAGCAGUACUUUUUUUAUGUAUGAAAUUAGAAAAUUCCUAUAGCAUGUAAUAUAAUUACUUCAUGAAAAUGAUAUUUAGUAUUUACUUUCUUGGAUACGUGAGCUUGCUUUA